UCCUUUGCUUAUCAUUGAUUCUGUGUCGUUUUUGACGUUAUGUUGGCAUUGAAACAGUGGGGACUUUGGUCUUGAUAGGCGGACGAGCAGAAAUCAGAGACACCUGUUAGUCCCAAAAUAGCAGCAGCCGGCACCAUGGGUAGAACGGCUUUAUCACUUAUUGGAAAAGAAUUCACUGAAUUUACAUUUGAUGGGUUCCUAGAUUGGUUUAUCCACGUUGAGGAUCCCAGGCCACAUUGGGACGUUCAGCCAACUUAUCUGAUUUCCCAGGUUUCUUUUCUACUUGGAGGAAUAUGCACUUUCAUUCAUGCUGUUCGUUCUGGAGGCAGAAUGCCAUAUUUGUGGCUGGGCAUAAUGCUGCACGGAUUAGUCGUGGAGAUGGCAGCAUAUUGGAUGCCGGACAUUGACAACUUUUGGCACUCUCAAACGCCUGUGAUGCUGUUAGGCCGGAGACUUCCACUCCAUAUCUCGUGUCUAUAUCCAAGCUUCCUCUACCAAGCUUCUGUCGCUGUAUCCAAGUUGCGCCUUCCGAAGUGGGCCGAGCCUUUCGCUGUUGGGUUGACAGUGGUUCUCAUCGACAUUCCCUACGACAUUGUGUCUGUUAAGUUCAUCCACUGGACUUGGCACGACACAGACCCCAACAUAUAUGACAGGCAUUACUGGGUGCCUUGGAACUCGUACUACUUCCACUCCUGUUUUGCCGCCUCGUUUACCUUCUGGUUCCACGGUUUCCGACGGUGGAUAAAAGGGUGCAAUGAUGGAAUUGAAAAUAAAUGGAAGUCAAAGAGCUUCUCGUACGAGCUUGGUACAACAGUCAUUGCAAGUUUACUCGGAAUGCCAGGAGGUGUUCUUCUGUUUCUGCCGCUUUAUCACCCUCUGCAUGACAUUUACGGAAUACACUCGGAAGUGACAUACUUCAUUCUAUUUUCCAUUUUCUUAGCUUUUGCUUGGUCUGGAGACAGAAAAGCUCCCCCUGAUGCUAAGCCAAAAGUUCAUUCCUUGGGAAAGAGUUGGAUACUACUCAUUCAUCUGAUUUUUCACUACGCUUCGUUUCUCGCAAUGACCAUUUUCUUCAACCCUGAAGAUGAAGUCGCAAGCGGUCUCCAUGAACCCGUUGGUCCAUGCAAAGAAACAUUGCCAGUAAAUACUGCGUUUGGAAUGGUUCUCCAGAAGCGAAAAUAUCUAUGCUUGGAGGAUUAUGAUGAGGAUUACUUUGAUUUCCACUGCAUCAAUAAGCCACCAUCCAACUUUGCAUCUUGGUACACAAUAUGUGGAACACCAUUUAAAAACAGGGCCGAGUACAUUGCUGUAAUAGCGUCAUUAACGUUUUUAGCUUUCAACGUGCUUAGAAAUAUGCACUUUCAUGCUGGAAAUGAAGUGGACACUUCAAAGCGUAUUUCACCUUCCAUUGCCACGCACAGAAAGAAAAAUAAAUAAAUUGCUUAGUCAUUGGCAUGAAUAAAUCAGAGAGUAGAAUA